AUAGAGAAACAGAAAGAGAAAGCGAGAAAGAGAAUUGCGAGUUGUUCGUAAAAGCGCGAGGAAUAUUAUAAAUACAAAGCCAGUUUGAAAAUAAAGUUUUACAAUUAUAUAAUCGUCGAAUUCUAAGCUUGCUAAUCCCAUCAGAAGAUUUUCGAAACAGUUGGUAAUUAAUCGAAUGGAGAUGAAGACCUAUUUAUUCGCAAUGUAAUUCGAAGUAACGCAGACUUUUCCUGCUAACCGGAUUAAAAACACGAGAAUUCUACGUCACGUUAUGAUAAUCGACAACAGAUGCUCCGCAGCUUCUAAUUAAAGGAGCCCCAUUGUUAGUGCUAUCUGUGCUACACGGGCCAGAUAACUCUUCUUCAGACGUAGUAGCAGACUGGUCACGAAUUUAAGUUCUUUAUUAUUAGUGCAAAAUGAUUUUGCUGCGUAAUAGAGACAUUCGAGUGUUGAUACUUAUCGUGAAUAUACUGCAAUCAGUGGAUUCUAAGCAGCUUCCCUCAACAUACAUUUCUAGAACGCACAUUGUUUCAAAAUGUCCCCCCAUAACAGUUUUGGAUUUCAUUCAUAAUUCAUCUCAACCGGGUUUAGAAAUCAAAUGGCCGUGCGAAGUGCGCUCUUACUGGCUGUCGUUGCAGCCGUUUGUCAAAUUCGUACGUUUCUUGCUCCGCUACGUGACGCCGUUUAUUAUAAUACUCGGUGUAUUGCUAAAUACUGUAUCUUUUAGUAUGUUGAGCACACCCGUGCUAUGUGACUCCAAUUUGUCACUUUAUCUAAGCGCGCUCGCUAUAUCGGACAAUGGUGCAUUAAUUUUCAAUUACGCCGUCAGCGGCAAAUCACACUCCACAUUCGUUAAUGAUCUUUUCAUGAACAGCAGGUUCUUAUGCGGCACGAAUUCCGUGAGCAUGGAGCUUUUUCAAUUUACGUCGACUUGGUUGGUCGUUGCCUUGACGUGGACACGUGUCAUCGCUGUUAUGUUUCCAUUCGGCGCUCGUGGUUACCAAAAUUGCUCCGCAGUUAUAACUAUCACCACUUUAAUAUGCAUAAGCUUUAUAAUAUCUUUAACGAAGUUGUACUCUGGCGGAUACGAAACGGACAGCGUCUUUGAAUUUGUGCCGUGCCAGGAAAAGAUAAAACCGUGGGGCGGUGCCAUGUACUUUUACAUCGCCUUGUCCACGUGGUUACCGUUGCUCUUUAUAUCCAUCGGCAAUUUGCUAUUGAUUAUUCGUAUGAGAAAAUCUUACAAAAUUCACAACGAAUUGACUCAUAAUUUCAGAUACAAGAGCAAUAGAACGCACAACUCCAGUAGGACGUUACUCGCGGUAUCGAUAGUGCAUUUAAUUUUAUUGCUGCCGCUCGGAAUUGUCGAAACAUUGGGACUCUACUGGGACGUUUUCAUUAAGUACCCCGCGAAAGAUGCAGAGGAGAACAAACAAUACGUGCACUGGUUGCAAGAGAAGAUGUUGCUCAAAUGGUGCCGUGGCUUGUUCUUUCACAUAUACCACUGGAAUUUUGCAAUAAACUUUUUUUUAUACUACCUUACAGGAAAGAAGUUCAGAAGUGUCGUAACGCAAACAUUGAAAAAGUAUACGAGCUCGUAUUUAUUCUGCGACAAAAAUAUUUUGAAAUGCAAUAACUGUCAUAAAUAUUUGACGACGAAACGGUCUUCUACUACAUUUCUGAUAAGAAGUAUUAUGCGAAGAAAACAAUUUAUCGACGACAGUGUUGCGAGAAGUAAUGGUAACGAAGGAAAUAGCAAUAUCACCUAAUUGCAACAGCACAGUGCAUUAGAAAAGAAGCUCUUUCCGGUAGGAAUACUGCAUACUUUACUGAUAUUUACGUUUUAUUGCAUAAGAACGAUUUCUUUACACGCAUGUUACAUUUUUUAAUUAAUUUUGGAAGUAAUUUUUAGGUACGGGAGAAACUUAUUUAUUUCUUUUUUAGUUUAUUUUGUAUACACAAGAAAUGUUUACACAAUAAACAUUGCAAAAUAUCACAUUGUAUAUUAGGCGUUAUUUUGCAUAAUAGCAUAGUCGUUAAGAAUUAAAUAGCAAUUUAAUUACACUUAGAGGAUUCGUUAUUACAUUUUGGUUUAAUAA